GGAGGAAGGGGCGAGCAGGCCGGCGGGAAGCGCAGCCUGAGGACUGGCAGGAAGGGGUUCCUGGAGAGAGAGAGACACCUGCGGGGUUCCCGCCGGAGCCUGGCCCCUCCCCCUCCUCCCCCUGCUUGCCGAGGAUGCGAGGCGCCCACUCCCGCCUUCCCGACGCGGCCCCUCGCCCCCCGCUUCUGCUGCCGGGCUGGGAGAAGGCUGGUUGCUGCUCCUCCUGGGCCUGCUGAAGGGGCUUUGCAUGGGGCCACGGCCGCCUCGGGGCUGGGAGGGAGCUGCGCCCCGCCGCCUCCGCCUCCGCCUAGGAUGCCGCGGCCGGGGCUGCCCUUGCCCGAGGGCUGGGAGGAAGCGCGCGACUACGACGGCAAAGUCUACUACAUCGACCACGCCACCAAGAGCACCAGCUGGGUCGACCCCAGGGACAGAUACACUAAACCACUAACCUUUGCUGAUUGCAUCAGUGAUGAAUUACCACUGGGAUGGGAAGAAGCAUAUGACCCCCAGGUUGGAGUCUAUUAUAUUGACCACAACACCAAAACUACCCAGAUAGAAGAUCCUCGAGUCCAAUGGCGGCGGGAGCAGGAACAUAUGCUGAAGGACUAUCUUGUAUUGGCACAAGAAGCCCUGACGGCACAGAAGGAGAUCUACCAGGUCAAACAACAGAGACUUGAACUGGCCCAACAGGAGUACCAACAACUUCAUGAUGUGUGGGAACGCAAGCUGGGGUCUCAAACUAGCUUAGUUUCGAGUUCCUCAUCCAGCUCCAAAUAUGAUCCAGAAAUUCUUAAAGCUGAAAUUGCUACAACAAAAUCUAGGGUUAAUAAGCUCAAAAGAGAAGUUGCUCACAUGAGACAGGAACUCCAGUAUAAGGAACUUGGUUUCCAAACACUGAAGAAAAUUGAUAUGAAAAUGUCUGAUACACAAGGUGGAUAUAAACUUGAUGAGGCACAAGCCAUCCUAAGUGAAAUGAAAGCUAUCAAGAAAGCCAUAAUGUCAGGAGAACAAGAAAAGCAAGAUCUCAUUGAGAAUCUUGCUAGGCUGAAAGCUCAUUUUGUGAGAGACAGAGGAUCGCCUUCAGAUUUGUGGACCAGCAACAUAUCCUUGGAAGCUUCUACAUUCUCAUUACCUAGACAAUAUCUGGAUGCUGGCUCCCAAACAGAUGUUUCUGGAAAUUUUAUUGCAAGCAGCAAUAAUCAGUUAGCUGAGAAGGUGAGACUGCGUCUCCAGUAUGAAGAGGCUAAGCGAAGAAUAGCAAACUUAAAGAUACAGUUGGCUAAACUGGACAGUGAAGCCUGGCCAGGCGUGCUAGAUUCUGAACGGGACCGAUUAAUGUUAAUCAAUGAGAAGGAGGAACUUCUGAAGGAAAUGAGGUUCAUCAGUCCUAGAAAAUGGACCCAGAGAGAAGUAGAACGGCUGGAGCUAGAAAGAAAACGUCUAGAAGAUGACCUUCAGGCUGCAAGAGAUACACAGAGCAAAGCUUUAACAGAAAGACUUAAGUUAAAUAGUAAAAGAAAUCAAUUGGUUCGAGAACUAGAAGACACAACACGAUUAGUAGCAAAAUUGCACAUCCAGCUGAAAAACCUGUCGUCUAGCAUGCUUUCCUUGUCAUCUGGCAGCAGUCCUGGCUCUCUUGCAUCAAGCAGGGGAUCUCUGGCCGCCUCAAGCCAGGAUUCUUCAACCUCAGCCAGCUUUACGGAUCUGUUUAGUGAACAACUGGAACAGCUGGACUCUGACUACCAGAACAAAAUGGACCUUUUGCUUUUGGAGAGAGCUGCUGGGUUUCGGCCUUCUGGCUGCAUCACUACUAUCCAUGAGAAUGAGGUUGUAAAGACUCAGAGGGCAGAUGCUGCUAGCCGUGUACAAGCCCUAAGAUCCCUGUCUGGCACACCAAAAUCACUGACAUCUUUAUCCCCAAGAUCAUCCCUUUCUUCUCCCUCUCCACCUUGUUCUCCACAAGUGAUGGACCCAUUCUUCACAGGAGAUGCCUUCAUGAGUCACAUGGACUUUGAUGAUAUGGAAAUAAACAGUGGUUUCUCUGAACUUAGUUUAAACACUGGAAGUGGCAGGAAGUACAGAACAGAAGAGUCUAGAACUGGAGACAAACACCUGGAGCAAGAUAUAAGUAUGGUUGAAGGAGGUGCACUGAAAGUAGCCUGCGUAUCAGCUGCAGUGUCAGAUGAGUCAGUGGCAGGAGACAGUGGAGUGUAUGAACCAUCUGUGCAAAGGCCUUGUGUGUCAGAAACCAUUUUAUUUGACAACAGCGAUGCAGACGAAGCUAGGACUGCUAAAGUUCAGAUUUCAAUGAAGUAUGAUGACAAAAACAAACAAUUUGCAAUAUUUAUUGCACAGGUGAAUAAUGUGCCUACUCUGCUGCCACAGCAAGACCAGAAAGUGAGCAUUCGAGUGGCUGUUCUUCCUUCCUCUGAAAGCACAAGCUGUUUGUUCCGCACAAGACCCAUGGAAACAUCAGACAAUCUCAUAUUCAAUGAAUUAUUUUGUGUUGCAAUCCCUCACUCUGUUUUACGACAGAAGACACUAAGAGUUGAUGUCUGUGCUGUUGAUAAAUGCCAUCUUGAGGAAUCCUUGGGAGGUGCACAAAUUAGUCUUGCUGAGAUUUGCAGAUCUGGUGAGAGGUCAACACGCUGGUACAACCUUCUCAGCUAUAAAUACCUGCAGAGGCAAAGCAGUGAAAAUAAGCAAGAGGAUCUCUGCUCCAAACUACCCUGUAGUGAAAAAACGGACUCUGUAUCUGCACUGCUGGAACAGACGGCUGUUGAACUAGAAGCCGUAGAGAAAAAAUUAGAAGAAAGCAGAAGCACUUUACUUAGUGGAGAGAGCUGGCAAGAUGAAGAAGAUGCUGAGCAAGAUGACAACAGUGAAAAUGAAGCAGAAGAGGAGGAAGCAUUUUAUGGGACGAGAACAAUAUGGGAAGGAGAAGAGACAACAUCACCCUUGUCAUAUGCUGAGCCAGCAGCCAUCAAGGUGGAUAAAGAGACCAACACAGAGAGCCUUUCACAAUCUUCAACUGUAGUUCGCCCAAAAGAUAAAAGAACACCUAAUCCUCUACGGACCCCUUUUGUUCGAGGCAGCACUAUCAUCCGUUCCAAAACCUUUUCUCCAGGACCACAGAGCCAGUAUGUGUGUCGGCUUAAUCGCAGUGAUAGUGACAGUUCAACAUUGUCUAAGAAACCGCCCUUUGUUCGGAACGCUGUGGAGAGGCGAAGCGUCAGGAUGAAAAGGUCUUCUGUUAAAAGCAUUGGACAUGAGCGUCUCAUCCGUACUUCUCUGGAUCUGGAACUGGACUUGCAGGCUUCAAAAACGUGGCACAGCCAACUGGUGCAGGAAAUCUCAGUUCUUAAACAACUGAAGGAGCAAUUAGAACAAGCUCAAAAUCAGGGGCAAAAGGAACUACCACAGUGCAUAGAUGAGGAUGAACGAUUUCGAAUUUUGAUGAGGCUGGUGGAGAAGCAGAUGGAAAAAGUUGCAUGUAAAUGUGAGCAGAAGGCAGAUAAAAUGAUGAAAGCAGCUGCUAAAGAUGUGCACAGGCUGCGAGGUCAGAGUCGAAAGGAACCCCUGGAGGUGCAAUCAUUCAGAGAGAAAAUGGCUUUUUUCACGCGACCAAGGAUGAACAUUCCAGCUCUUUCUGCAGAUGAUGUUUAAUGUCUAUUUAAGUAUUUCUUUCUCCAACCACUUCAAAAAAUGUAAUUUCAUUUCACUGAAGUUUAUUUAUGUAUGUGGCAUUACAAAGGUACCAAGUCAUUUGUACAUUGAUGCUUUAUUAGCUCCGUGUUGAGACUUGUAGGUUUUCCCACUCACUGCAAAUGGCAGCAUUAAAAUUAGAUAAGUACAUAGUUUGUAUAUUUAGCAUAUUUUUGGGAAGAUUUUUUAAAAUAUGAACAAAUAUGGCUCAAAAUGUUGUUUAAAUAAGAUUCUGUUUUAGACUUUUUGUACAGCUCUCCUUUUUUAAAGAUAUUUUACCACAAUAAAACUUGAAUCUGAAGGAGCAUCAAUCCAGUGAUUCUAAAAACGUAACCCCACUCUUAUAAGUAGCUAUUGUGAUCUUAAAUAUUUUUAUACAAAGUAGAGGAUGAAAAGAAGCCAUUUGUUUUGUAAAGAGCUGCAGACAAGUGCUCUGUGAGCUAUGAAACACUUCCAUUUCCUCCUUAGUCAUAAAAUGGGUGUGGAGUUCAAAAUGCCUGCUGCACUUUAAUUUGGAGGUUGUUACUUCGGCUCAUUGUGUAUUUGACCUGAAAACGUCCCAAAAGCCCAGUGAACCCUCUGCUACAGGGAGAGAGCUGCAGGGGCAUGCAUUAAAGUUAACGUAUCUGACCACCCUGAAGUCAAAUAUAAUUCCUACUUUAAAAAAAUCAUUGUGUUUUCUAAAAGAAAGCAAUCCUUAUAUAAUUCUACUAAUUUAGAAAGAGCAGCAACAUUUUUUUUGAAAAAUGUUUUUUAAAAAACCAGAGUAUUCUGACAAUAAUGUUAUCUUGAGCUGUCUAGCAUACUGAAAAAAGUCUGAUUAUUUCUCCUUUCCUUAUUGGGAAUGGAACAACUAAAUUGAAGUGGUUUUCCUCCUACCACUUUUGUAAAUUUCUAAUAAACAUGCAACAAAGCCUUGUCUAAUAGUAAUACUGUAACUGUGUCUAUAAGCCAUAGUUUACUGUCCUGUUAGUUUUUGGAUUUUCAUAUCCACCUCGUCAACCUUAGUAAUCUGUCUGUUGUAUCUGUGUUAACACGCAAGCACUCCUUUGUUUGCAGACUCACUUUUAGAUGUACAUGAAUAGAAGUAACGUGCAUGCGCACAAACACAGACUAUUCAGGCAGUAUAUCCUAGAGUCACAGAGUUGGAAGAGAUCACAAGGGCCAUCCAGUCCAACCCCAUUCUACCAGGCAGAAACACACAAAGCACCCCUAACACAUGGCCAUCCAGCCUCUGCUUAGAAACCUAGAGAAAGCUUUCUGCCUGGUACAAGUCUUAGAAGAAUGAACUAGGCUGUGUGCUUUUGUAGCACUAGUCUCUUGAUAAAACUGGUGUACCUAAAACAAGUUGGAUCUAGAGAAGCACCAGUGGAAAGGAGCAGGCAGAGGUUCUCUCCCAUGCCUUUGUCUUGUUUGAGGUAUAUUAUGCAACCCUCCUUGGAACUAAUAAUCCUCUCUCAAAAAGAUAUUCCACCUUGACAUGAAGCGAUUCAUUUUCCCUCUCUACUCCAGAAUCUGCCCCAUUCAGGAGGUCCCCUGACCAAUGAGAGAUGUUCCAAGGAGCUGCUGGGAGGAGGAGAGGUGUGAGGUUCUGCCCAUGCCCUGCAACCAGCAAUUCUCUUAAUCUGAGCCGCAUGCCUUUUAGAUAUCAUGUUAACUAUGUUCCAUCCAAGUAAUAUCUGGUUAUUUUUUCUCCUCUUGUGAGAAGCAGAGGUGGAGAAGGGUCUGGGUUUCAUACUGGGCUGAGUCUCUUGGAUUGUAAGGCUUGUCCCUUCACCAGCAGUCCUUGCCUCUCAGGUUCCCUUUUCCUUCAACUGUUGCCAAUUCAAGAGCAGAGAACAGCAGGCACAGGAAGACCAAGGCCUUAAAGGUCCACAAACCAGGAUGCACCUUCAGGAGGAAAGCUGACAAGUGUUUUAAAACUGGAAUUCUCUUGAGAUGUACAUAUUUGUUUUUCAUGUAUAAAACACUUUAAUAGGCCAGCACUAAAUGACUGAAUUUAUAUCUAUUUUAAAUUUUGUCAGGAUUAACAAAUUAAAAUUGCUAUAGAAAUUUA